AUGAACGACAAGCUCUCAGAAAAGUCGUUCCAUCAGCUGCGAGAUUUCUACACCCGUCUAGUCCGCACCAAGGAUGACUUGCAUGGGUUAUUAAUUGCUAUGGCGAUUGAUGACAUAGGCAAGGAUUCCAGCCUUUCCGAGGAAAUGGCACAACAGGGCGUCAAGGCGACCUACGCCGAUCAUUCUGACCUGGUUCACAGGCAGCACUGGCGAACUAUUGGUCCGAAACUGAACAUUUCCCAGGUCGUGCGAGGGGAGUGCCCUCCUGCGAGCCUUGAGAUUCUGUCAACUUUGCAGGGCAAGGGACAAGGAGUCAAUCUCCAAGCUAUGGUGACAUUCCUUGACGUUGCUGGAGCAGGAGGGCAUGCAGAUACUCGCAGCUGCAUUGUGAUGAGCGAACCUGUGUUUCAAGCCUACAUGUCUGGCGUCGAAGCUUUCGACACAUUUGCCAAUGGUAGCAUACCGUCACCACGCGCAUGCUAUGACCACAUUCUGGAGUACCGGGCAAAGAACCUCCAACAAUUGGGCUUUAAUUUUUCUCAUCCUCUGCGGAUGAAGCACGGGCGCUCUCUCGGCUGCUUUGCAUGGGGCGUGUAA